UGGAAAGGGACGGGGGCCGGUGAAGAAAUUGGAUUUUCGCUAAGGGUUGGAGUGGGGGCAGAGUGAUCGCAAGAGUAAGAGAUACCAGGGCCAAGAGUAGAAAACUCCAUCACCACCCCAGCUGAGAUUGAGAAAGAUAAAGAAACUCCCAGGCUUUUUGAAGACCAUUCCUAAAUAAUUAAGGGCCAAUACACAGAGUGCCUGGACAUUAUCAAUAUGUUGCAUAAAGGCAUUAUUCUUCUGAAUGUUAUUUCCUCAUUAAUAAUUGAAUCGAAAGUUACAGCUCUUGGAGUUAAGGAACGUGAAGUAUCUCCAAUCAGCAGUCCUUCACCAGGUAUGAUUGGUCUUGUCAAGUUAUCAACCACAAGACAACAGGAAUUGAGAGUAAAUCUACCUCUGGUGCCCUCUGCAUUGCCUGCAAAAACAGAUAGUAGUAUGGGUCCUUUGCUGGCCUCUCAGAUAUCUACAAUACAACCUUCAGAAAGACAAGCUGCCACAAGACAAUAUUUGACAUCUUGGGUACCUACAUUGCUACCUGUUGAAAGUGGAACUGGGACAGAAUCAUUGCUGGUACCAAACAUUAGAUUGGGAUCCAACAGCAAGAUUACAAAUGCCCUGUUGUUUGACCAUGAUGAGAUUGGUUCGCCCCAAGGUGCUGGACAACAGCAUCCUACCAUGUUCCCAAAUGAAAAUCAGAUAGACAUCCUGCUUUCUACAGAAAGUCCUCAAGGAACCUUUCCCUCAAAUCUCCCAGAGUCAAAUAGCAAAACUCUAUACAGUGAUUCAAGUGACUUUUCUGUUCAAAGUCUACCCAGUGCUAAAUUGGAGCUAACGGGAUCCACAGCUACAUCAUCCUUCACCCCGAUAUAUUUUGCCAUGCUGAAAACUACCCAUGAGUCUCCACAAGAACCUUCUCCUGCAAGGUCAGUGGUGCCAAUCUAUACAUUUCCUGGUCCUCAACAAAGACAAGCCUCUGUAAGACCAUUCACCACUCAAAGUGCUGAGAUGCUAACCAAGACCAAGGCACCAAGUGAACUGGCCUUUGACCUUUUGGACACUGACCGCUCUGUGCUUUUCUCAGUGUCAGAACUGCCGCCUGUAAUCUUGAGGCCAUCUUCGAGAAGUACUGCCCAUCAGGCUGUCACAGUGAUAGUGGACCAAUCAAGCAAUAGGUCAUCAACUUACCCUGUAACCCCAAAGGAUAUCACCCAAUUCAAUAAAAGCAUGCUGUUCAACAACACUCAAAAUACUGCACAGGGAAGGAGCAUGCCAAUCAGCAGAUCAGAUGAAAUGGAGUCUCCUAACAAAGGAACGUGGGAUUCUUUAUUCGUAACAAUGUUUUCUUCUACUCCAACCUACCAAACUCACCGAACAAAGAUUGAUGAGCAGCCAGAAAGGACAACAGUCUAGGCUUGGAAACAAAGAAUCGCCACUAAGCCGAGGCAGUGGACAGUAGCUCGUUUCUUGGAAUGGGCUUUCACGAGGAGAGCAGAGACAAGAGGAGAAAAUCUGAAAAAAAAACCCAAAAACUAUAGUGAA